AGAUAAUUGAAACAGAAUUAUUUUACCUCUUGGCAUUGGUAGAAUAAAUUAUUUAAAAAAAAUUAGGUACCAACAAAGUGAAUUGUAAAGUCACUAAACACCUAAAUGACAAAUCAUAACCUCUAGUCUAGUUAAUUUUUCUUCAAUUUAAAAAAAUAAAUAAAUAUGAUUACAUACGAGUUGUGCCUCCUUUACAGAAUCAUGCCAAAGGCAGAACUGGCUUCCGUGGUCAAGAGAACCGCAAAUGCGAUUUUUGAAAAAGGUGGCAUUAUCAGGAAAUUGGAGCAUUUGGGGACUCGGGAUAUGCCGCAUAAAACGAGUAUACAUGGUCUAGUUCAUCAUAAGGCUAGUUACUUUUUAAUUGAAUUUAACGCUCCUCCAACGUGCAUUGAUACUUUAUCAGACGAGUAUAUGCGUGACGUGGAUAUUAUAAGGAAACGUAUAUAUAAGAAACAAGAAGUUAAGCCAUUUGAGUGUACUUUGCAUGAAGAUAUGCUGCCACCUCCAUAUCGUAAGAGCGUGCAAGAGUUAAUAGCACAAGCCAAAAAGUCAGAAAAGCCUAAGUUUAAAUAUAACACUGGUUUGGAUUAUUACCCGUUCCAAAAAUAAAUUUGGAACAAAAUGUAGAAUAAGUCUAGGGAAAUAAAACUUUUUGUAGUUA